AUGGAAGCUCCUGUCGAGGUUCGCAAAUUGUCAACGCAGGAAGAUGCGGAAGUGGUCCGCGAAGCUAUUGAGACUGAGCACAAGCUCACCUUCAUGGAUGCCGUGAGGCUCUAUCCUAAGGCAAUUGGGUGGUCGAUGUACUUCAGUCUGGGCGUCAUUAUGUUGUCGUUCGAUCCUCAGCUGCUUGGAAACCUCUACGCCAUGCCAGCCUUCCAGAAAGAUUUUGGAUACAAAUUCGAAGAUGGGUAUCUCAUUUCCGCCGCCUGGCAGACCGGUCUGAGCAUGGGAAACCCUAUUGGCCAAGUCGUCGGCGCUCUAUUUGCCGCAUAUCCCAUGGAAUGGUAUGGCAGGAAGAGGACCUUCAAUGUCUGUGUCAUUUUGGUUGCCGGCCUCAUCUUUAUCCAGUUCUUUGCACGAUCGCUCAAGGUCCUUCUUGUCGGGGAGCUCAUUGGAGGCUUAGUCCUGGGGGCCUUCGUGGUCAUCGCACCAGCAUAUGCCUCUGAAGUCACGCCGUUAACAAUGCGAAGCGUCGCUACAUCCUACGUCAAUCUAUGCUUUGUCACGGGUCAGUUACUAGGAAAUGGUGUCACAGCUGCGACCAAGGAUCUUGAUAAUCACUGGGCCUAUUCUAUUCCAUUCGCGCUACAAUGGUUCUGGGUACUCAUCAUUCUUCCUGGUAUGUUUUUCGCUCCAGAGAGCCCAUGGUGGCUCGCUCGCCAAGGCCGUUUUGAUGACGCCGAGCGCUCUCUCCGUCGACUGUCUAACAGGAAAGUCAACGUCAAAGCGGUUCUAGCCCAGAUCAUAGAGACCGACAAGCUGGAGACCGAGAUGGAAGCCGGAAGCACAUAUCUCGACUGCUUCCGGAGAAUCAACUGGCGCCGCACCGAAGUCGCUAUCGGGGUUUACGCAACCCAAGUGCUUUGCGGUAUCUACCUCAUCAACUACGGCACAUACUUCUUCAACUUGGCGGGCCUGAACACCCAACAAGCAUACAACAUGGGCAUUGGAUUCAUGGCUGUGGGCUGGGUUAGCACGUGUCUUUCGUGGUGGUUGAUGGCGAAAUUCGGGAGAAGGCCGUUGUAUAACACCGGGCUCGCACUCUUAACUAUCAUCAUGUUCUUAGUGGGUAUUCUAGAUGUGGUGCCCACCCAUGGUGCGCUUUGGGCCCAAUCUGCGCUAUUGCUAGUAUGGAACUUCACAUUUGACUGGAGCGUUGGACCCGUCGCCUAUGCCAUUUUCUGUGAAGUCAGCGCCACUCGCGUCCGCUCGAAAACAAUCGCCGUUGCGACCGCGGUCCAAGCCAUGGUUGGCAUUGUCAUGACCGUUGCCAUCCCCUAUCUCAUUAAUCCCGACGAAGCCAAUCUCCGCGGCAAACUUGGGUUCUUCUUUGGAGGCCUUUCGCUUCCUUGUCUGGUCUGGUGCUAUUUCCGUGUACCGGAGAUGAAAGGACGGACGUAUGAGGAGCUAGAUAUUAUGUUUGAGCGGAAUGUGCCGACGAGGGAGUUUGGGAAAUAUAAGAUCUAA